GAAUCAGUAAAGGAAAGAAAUAUAAAUCAAUUGAAGAGAAAAAAAAGUCUCUAAAAUCCAAAGCAUGCAGUUUUUCACAGAAUUGCUUGAACUGAAUCAGAAGAAUGACCAAAACAAAAAAGACAUCAAUGAUUUUGGAAAGCUUUGAUGAAAUCAAUGAUCACAACCGUUCCUGUGUUGAAGAUUAUGAGACUAAACAGGACUUCCUAUUCCUCAUUAAUUACGGGAAUAUGCCACUCCUUCAAUAAAUCUCUCACUGUUUUUUCUUUCUUUCUGUCCCCAAUAAAUAAAACUCUCCUUCGGUCUCAACUGAAACCCCCAAAGAAAAAUCUAAAAAAAAAAAUAUCCCCUGUUCUCCGCGCUCUCUGCAAAACUUUCCCGAGAAAAACCCCAAUUUUCCCAGGAAGAAAAAUCGUAUUUUUUUUUCAUGGGAAAAAAACGGAAUAAGGUGGAAGAAGCUCUGCCGGACAACCUGCGGUGCAGCCGCACCGACGGUCGGCAAUGGCGGUGCCGGCGGCGCGUGAUGGACAACCUCAAACUCUGCGAGCUUCACUACCUUCAAGGGCGCCACCGCCAGUACAAGCAGAAGGUUCCGGAGUCACUGAAGCUUCAGAGAACAACGAGCACCAAGACGGAGGGGCAAAACAGCACCACUUCCCAAAACGACCCCGUUUUGAAGAGCACUGAAAUUAGGGCGAGGAUUUCAAAGUUGAUGAUGCUCAGGAGGAAGAAGAGGAAAUUAUCCGGGGGUUCAGAGGGUGGUCCGAUUAAGAGGAAGAGUAAGAAGAAGAAGAAGAAGGAGAAGCGUGAUGCGCAUUUGGAACUGCUAAGGAUGGUUCUGCAGAGAGAGGUUGAGAAGAGCAAAGGGAAGAAGAAGGAUCAGAGUGAGAAUGGGAAUGUGGAGGAGGAUUUGGAGCUGCACCAUUACUAUGAUGAGGGUGAGCUCAGGAGGGAAUUGCCCAAUGGUGUUAUGGAGAUUGCUCCUGCUGCUUCAACCCCACAUGAUUACACCAAUGUGGGUUCCCAUUUUGAUGUCAAAGUUGGAAUCUUUGAUCAUGGCAGAGCUCUUACACCCCGUUACUUCAGGUCCAAGAAUGUUGAGAGAGACCCUGUUGGCAAGUUGCAGGUUGUGCCUUAUGGAGUGAACUUGAAGAAGGGUAAGAGGAAGAAGUGCCAUUGGUGCCAGAGAAGUGAUUCCUGGAAUCUGAUAAAGUGUUCUCGCUGCCAGAAAGAGUUUUUCUGCAUGAAUUGCAUUAAAGAAAGGUAUUUUGACACCCAAAAUGAAGUUAAGAUGGCAUGUCCAGUGUGUAGAGGAACUUGCACUUGUAAAGAUUGCUUGGCUAUUCAACGUAAAGACAGAGAAAGUAAGGAAUAUUUAGCUGGUAGAAGCAGAGUUGAUAGAAUAUUGCAUUUUCAUUAUUCAAUCUGUAUGCUGCUUCCUGUACUGAAACAAAUAAGUGAAGAUCAGCAUAUUGAGCUGGAAACAGAAGCGAAAAUCAAAGGGAAAACAAUCACUGAUAUUCUCGUCAAGCAGGUUGAAUUCGGCCGCAAUGAGAAGAAUUACUGCAAUCACUGCAAAACACCCAUCCUGGAUCUUCAUAGAAGCUGCCUUAGUUGUUCCUAUAGCCUUUGCUUAAGUUGUUGUCAGGAAUUAAGACAAGGAAGAACUUCUGAAGAAGUUAGCUCUUAUUUGUCCAAGCUACCUGAUGAAAUACACAGUUGUACUGCUGGUGAAAACCACCUUUUGGAUGAUAAGGCCAUUUUACACGAAAACUCAACUGGCUCUUCAACAUUGCCUGAAUCGUCAGGGUUUGAUGGUACCUAUGGUGUGUCAUGUCCAUCUACAGAGUUAGGUGGUUGUGGCGAUAGCCAUCUUGAUUUGAGAUGUCUUUUUCCCUUAAGCUGGAUUAAAGAGAUGGAAGUAAUGGCAGACGAAAUAGUUUGCAGUUAUGAAUUUCCUGAAAUUUUGGAUAAAAGUUCAUCCUGCUUACUGUGUAUUGACAGAGAUCAGCAGCUGCAAAAGGCAGCUCAAAGAGAAGAUUCUAAUGAUAAUUGUUUGUUUUAUCCUACGAUUUUGGACAUUACUAGUGAUCAUUUUGAACACUUUCAGAAACACUGGGGGAAGGGCCAUCCUGUAAUAGUGCAAGAUGCACUCAAGAGUACUUCAAACCUCAGUUGGGAUCCACUCAUCUUGUUCUGUGCUUAUCUUGAGAGGAGCAUUACAAGAUAUGAGAAUAAUAAGGACUUACUUGAAGCUUGUUUGGAUUGGUGUGAGGUGGAAAUCAACAUUAGGCAGUAUUUUACUGGGUCCCUUAAAAGUCAGCCCCAGAGGAAUGCUUGGCAUGAGAUGUUGAAAAUAAAAGGCUGGUUGUCUUCCCAGCUAUUCAAAGAAGAGUUUCCAGCUCAUUUUGCUGCAAUAAUUGAUGCCAUACCAAUUCAAGAAUACAUGAAUCCCAUGUCUGGUUUCCUUAACAUGGCUGUAAAUUUGCCACAGGGGACUACAAAACAUGACAUGGGACCAUAUAUCUAUAUCUCAUACGGCUGCGCUGAUGAAGAAACUGAUUCUGUGACCAAACUAUGUUACGACUCAUAUGAUUUGGUUAACAUUAUGGCACAUACCACAGAUGUCCCUCUGUCUGCAGAACACCUUACUAAAAUACGCAGAUUAUUGAAAAAGCACAAAGCUUUAUGUCGAAGGGAGUCUUCCAAAAUUACUGCUGAGCAUGCUGAAGACACAGAACAAAAUGGACAUCAAGGUGUGGUAAGAGAAGGGAUGGACUUUUUCAGGAGAGUCAAUAGAAUAUCUUCUAUCCCCACUGAAGCCAGAACGAAAACUAGUCACAGUUUAGACACCGAUACCUCUGGGAGUGGAGAAUGUGAUUUAGUUUCUGAUGCUGGAAAAGCGCAAAGUUCUUCACCUAUCCACAAGACAGUUAAAAGCACUGAAAUGUCUCCAGACCAUGAUAAUACUAGAAGAACCUUAGAAAAUCCGAACGGUGAUAAAAGCAAGUUUACUGAGGAUUCGGGUGCUCAGUGGGAUGUCUUUCGGAGAGAAGAUGUACCAAAGCUCUUGGAAUACCUCAAAAGGCAUCAUGAUGAAUUUUCUUAUAGCCAUGAAUACCAAGAGGAGAUGGUUCAUCCAAUUCUUGAUCAGAGCUUCUAUCUCAACAAUUUUCACAAAAUGAGACUUAAGGAGGAAUUUGAAAUUGAACCAUGGACAUUUGAGCAACAUGUUGGAGAAGCUGUUAUCAUUCCUACUGGAUGUCCAUACCAAAUUCGGAAUCCUAAGUGUUCUGUUCAUGUGGUAUUGGAGUUUGUUUCCCCUGAGAACGUUUCUGAAAGCAUCCAAUUGAUCGAUGAGGUUCGUCUGCUUCCAAAAGACCAUAUAGCAAAAGUAGACAAGCUUGAGGUGAAGAAGAUGGCUCUCUAUAGCAUGAAUACAGCAAUUAAAGAAAUACGUGACUUUACAAGCAAAGCUUGAUCACUCCCUUCUCAAUCACCAGUUCAACAACCUCUUGUACAGAUUAAUUGUCAUCUUGUGUAGAUUUAGUUAGGAGUUUAAUUCAUUAGUUUCAGCUUAUUUUCUGACAUUCAUGCUUCUCAUGAAUCUGAAAUAAAAUUAAAAGAAUUCAAGGGCUGCUUAGAUUUCUUACCCAUGCAAUAGCAGGGCUUAUCUUAAACGAUGCACGGAAUAAAAUUAUGCUUAUUGCUGUUUA